ACCUAAAUGCCUGCUGCCCGUCCAGCAGAAACCUUCACCCGUGAUUUACUUCACAACAAUCUGGAACUGAACCAUCAUCCUUUCCAGAAGACGUCUCUGUUGGCUUUAUCGCUGCCUGCAUGUGGAAACAAAGACAUUCAUGUCCUCACAUGCUCAGGUUCCGCAUCUGCAAUAUAAACAUCCGGUUAAAGCUUUUCCAGAUUGCAUGUCAGCAGCUUAAUUAAUUAAUUAAUUAAUUGACCCCAGAGAGCCAGACCCGAACCCACAGGAACCUGUUGGUGGCGCUGAUGCGCCAUUCUGCGGCCUGCACAGAUAAAGACAAACAAUAGAAGAAGAAGAAGCUCCGCCCCCGGAAAGAGAACUCUGCGCGCCGAGUUUAAUCUGCGAAGCGGCUCGCGCGCUUUUCAAGCUCAUUCUGUGUCCCCGCGCGCUCAGAGAAGGUUCACCUGAGCAGGUAAACCGGCGCAGCCUGCGAGAAUCCUUCCGCCAUCAGCGGCCAGACAUGGCGACUCCUCCCAAGCGGCUCCGCGGAGCUCCGGCCGGCUCCCCGCUCCGCGGCUCCCGCAGACACAGGAAGGUCUCCAUCGAGGGAAACAUCGCUGCAGGUAAAUCCACCUUCGUCCGGAUCCUGCAGGCCGCCUCGGAAGACUGGGAGGUGAUCCCAGAACCGAUCGGGAAAUGGUGCAACGUGCAGAGCGACAGCACCGAUGUUUACCAGGAACUGAGCUCUUCCCAGAAGAGUGGAGGGAACCUCCUGCAGAUGAUGUACGACAAACCCAGCCGAUGGGCCUACACCUUCCAGACUUAUGCUUGCCUCAGCCGGGUCCGAGCCCAGCUUCAGCUUCCAUCAGCCAAACUGCAGCAGGCGGAAAAUCCGGUUCAGUUCUACGAACGCUCCGUCUACUCAGACAGGUACGUGUUUGCUUCUAAGCUGUUUGAGAGCGGCGACCUGCUGGAGACGGAGUGGAGCGUUUAUCAGGACUGGCACACCUGGUUACUGAAGCAGUUUGAAGCGGAUAUCGCCCUGGACGGCAUCAUCUACCUGAGAGCCCCCCCACAGCGCUGCAUGCAGAGGCUGCUGCACCGCGGCCGGGAGGAGGAGCAGGGGAUCCCUCUGGAGUACCUGGAGCAGCUUCACCUGAAACACGAGGCGUGGCUCUACCACAGGAACCUCAGGCUGGACUUUGAGUACCUCGGUGAGCUUCCUGUUCUGGUUCUGGACGUUGACGAAGACUUUCAGAGCGAUCGGAUCAAACAGGCGGACAUCGUUGAUCAGGUCCGGGAGUUUCUCACCGCUCUAUGAAGCUCCACCAAUCACAGCUCAGGGCGUCGGCAGCAGGCCUUCUGGUUGGAUAACAGCUGCUCAUGAUGUCAUCUUUUAAUGACUUUGUAAAGUUUUGUUUUUCCUGUGUUUUUUUUUUUUUGUUGUUUUUUUUAUAUAUAUAUAGUUGAUGUUAAAUGUUGGGGGGGGGGGGGUAUUUAAGCUUCAGUUUCUGUGUGUGCUCAGGUUUCCUACACACUGAGGUGUCAGUGAACCUGUCACAAUGCCUUUAGGCUCUCUGUAAAUAAACUGAAAUCAAACCCAG